CUCUCUCUCUCUCUCUCUCUCUCUCUGUAUACAUAUUGUAUUUCACUAUGGGGUUUACUCUCUAGUUUUUCCCUAUGUAACCUUUUCAUCUGUUGCACUGCACGAGUGGGAAAAUUCGCACUCCUCAACCCAACUAUCAUGAGCUUCGCAUUCCCGCGUUUCAUCUUCCAUUUCGGGGUUUCUCCCAAGCCUUCAAACCUCCCAACAAACCAUGGCUUCUUCCUCUUCUCCCCCAAGAAAAGAAGAUUCAAUACAACCACCCCCCUCAUUUCUGCUCAACUGUCAAGUGAGAACCUACUGGUGGUGGUUGGGGGUGGAGCGGCCGGAAUUUACGGAGCGAUUAGGGCUAAGACUUUGGCACCUGAUCUCAACGUGGUGGUUAUUGAAAAGGGGAAGCCUUUGUCAAAGGUAAAAAUAUCUGGAGGUGGGCGAUGCAACGUGACAAAUGGGCAUUGCACUGACAACUUGAUUCUGGCAGAUCAUUAUCCUAGGGGUUAUAAGGAACUCAGAGGCUCUUUCUUCAGCGAGCAUGGUCCGAAGGAUACCAUGUCCUGGUUUACUGAUCACGGGGUGGAACUGAAGACUGAGGAUGAUGGGAGGGUUUUUCCUGCUAGUAACAACUCGUCUUCUGUAGUCGACUGCCUGUUGUCAGAAGCAAAGCAGAGGGGAGGUGCGUAUUUGUCCUCGGUAUUGCAUGUUUUGCUGCAGACUGGAAAAGUUGUUACAACGGCGUCUAUGACUGCUGGUGGGAAGUUCCUUCUGAAGAUUGAGAAGCGUACAGUUGAUAGUGUGGAACAUGUUGAAGCUAAUUAUCUUUUAAUUGCAAGUGGUAGUAGCAGGCAGGGGUAUACUCUUGCUACUCAACUUGGUCAUUCUAUCAUAGAUCCAGUACCAAGCUUAUUCACUUUCAAGAUUGAGGAUCCCCAGUUGGCAGAGUUAUCUGGUGUAAUGGUUUCAUUCCCUAAAGUUAGAGCAAAGUUAAAGCUAGAAACUGUUGGGAGGAGUAUACCACACCUUACACAGGUUGGACCCAUGUUAGUCACGCACUGGGGACUGAGUGGACCAGUAAUCCUUCGAUUGUCUGCUUGGGGAGCCCGCAAUCUGUUCAGUUCUGAUUACAGAGGUACACUAUUCGUGGAUUUUAUUCCUGACCUUCAUAGUGAAGAUGUGAAGUCCUUUCUUAUUGAGCACAAGAAUCAGUUUGUGAAGCAAAAAGUGCUGAAUUCGUGGCCUUCAGAAUUUGGCCUUGUGAAGAGAUUUUGGAAAUAUGUACUAGAUCGUGAGGGUUUAAAUGGGGAUACCUUGUGGGCUUCUCUUUCAAACAAUGCAUUAUUAUCUGUUGCUUCUCAGUUGAAGCAGUGUUCAUUCGUAUUGAAAGGGAAGGGCAUAUUUAAGGACGAAUUCGUCACCGCUGGAGGCGUUCCAAUGUCUGAGGUAGCACUUAGCACAAUGGAGAGCAGGAUACAGUCAAAUCUAUUCUUGGCUGGAGAGGUACUAAAUGUUGAUGGAAUUACUGGAGGUUUCAAUUUCCAGAAUGCUUGGUCGGGUGGAUACAUUGCGGGAACGAGCAUUGGCAAUCUCGCAGUAGCUGCUGGUCUGAAGGAUGAAGUAGAAUUAAGCCUACGGAGUAGUUAAAGUGAAUUAGCUCUUUUGUUUGUACGAAGACACCUAUGUAUCUGAGAAGUUUGGAGGGAAGAUUUUGAAGAUGUCAAUUAGUGGAUUGUGAGCCGAACUUCUCUUCAAUUUUGAUCCUUUGUUUCUUCUUAAUUUUUCUUGUCAAUCGUUGUGUUCUUGUAGGCUAUGUCAUCGACAAUUUAUGUCAGCUGGCAUUAGUCGGACAUAGAUAGCUAUAUGAACAAACAUGUUUGGCAGUGUUGACUCUGUCCCGGCUUUAAUUAGGCUGUAAAUCGUGGGAUUGGUCCCUUUGAUUAUUGGGUUCGUUAAGCCGGAUACCGAAUGAUAACAAAUACUGAUUUUCGUGGAAA